CUUUUUUAAUAUGCAAUAUUUAACGAUUAACUAUUAUGAUGUAUUUAAAAGAAGUAGGCUACCUACUCGGCGACAGAGAGUAUGAAACGUCGGACGCAGACGGCGAGUUAAUUUUGUUGUUUACAUAAUAAUAGCGCGCGACUUGGGCCAGAGGAGUGGAGGCACGCGCGAAAUAAAAAUGAGGUUUAAUUUUAGCCUACUCUUUAAGCCAAAGUACACUUCACUUUUGAGACCCCGCGGACUGUCCGCGUGCAACAGCGCGUGCGUGAGAAGAACGCCGAAAGCGCGCGAGUCGAGCAGGUGGCAUUGCGCAUGCGUAGAGCUCGUCCGUCCGCACUAAUCCGAGGUUUAGGAUACUGUGAACGCCGCGCGGAUGUGAGCAAGACGGAACGGAACACGGUCCUUAGCUAUUUCAGUUAGGCCACUUUAUUCAAAUAAUGGAACUGAUUACAUUUGUUUACUUUUUUUUUUCAAACACCUUACAGUCGUUCAAUAUCCUUAAUAACUUGAAUUAAUAGUAGCCUAUUAUACUUUAACCUCAUGUGCUUGCUCGGUUAUGCCCGAUCUCUCAAAAAUAGAAAAAUGGAUAUCCUUAGAGGCUACUUUGCCUCUCUACAAUUAAAUUUCAGUAACAUUUAAAAAUAAAUGAUAUAGUCCUAAAUAAAAUUAUUUCCCCCAGUUUGCUGCCUUUUAUUAGAAUCAAAUGAAAGGGAGAUGGCCAAAUAGAUCUAAAAACAAAACAAAACAACAGACCAGUUACUACAAUAUAUGUGAUUAUGACACUGUUUUAAAUCCAGGUAUGCAAAAUGCCACCACAGAAUCACCAGAAAUGCCUUUUAUCACUUUAAGAUCAUUCUAUAAUGUUGGUAGCUAUGAUACUGUUUUUUUUCUUCUUUGCAUAUCUUUAAGGAUCUUCUCCAUGUCUUCUUGGGGGAAAAAAACAACAACUGUUCAUCUUAAAAUUAAAGCGUAUAAAUAAACCUAAAUAGGUUAACUGAUUACAGGUGCAUUGACUUUGUAAUUAAGUUACGUAAUAACGUUACAUGUAACAAGUUAGCCUACUUCACAACACUGAAUAUCAUCUUGCUGAAGGCUAUCUGAAUAGAGCUGGUUAGAAACUGUUCAGCACUCUUGCUUGUUAUAUCUUGCUGGCUAUAUUUGAUUAUAGAUUUACUGACUAUUUUAGACAUCAACAUUAAACAAUGCCAUUCUUAAUUUAGAUCUUUACAUAUAUCUAUAAAUCUGUAUGAAUCUUUAUUCUGCAGUCAUAUAUUUGGCCUUAUCUAAAAUGUCAAACAUUUGUAGUACAUGCAGAUUUCUGAAUUAUUAAGAUCAGCUGGUGAUUAAAUUUGGAUGUUGUCCAAAAUUCAACAAAUGUGGGUCGUGCUCUGCAUUCUGGAGUAGGCUGUAGAUAACGAGUUUCCCAUAAAGCUCGGUUGAUUCGCUCAUUACAGAAGCAGAAGAGUUAAAAGUCACGUGGUGAGGACCGGGCGAUAUUGUCACUCCGGCCCAUAAGAAAAAAAAACCCGGUGUAUUUGAGGAAAGAGAACAAAGAAAUCAUUGCAUAUAAAUAAGCGCAGUCUCGGCAGCAGCAGUCGUCCACGGGCUUCGCGCGAGCUUGCAUCGCAACCUUCUCUCAGGCACUUUCCACUUCAGCAGCGGAGCUCCAGGAUACAGGAGGAGGAUGCGGGUCUCCGGGCUUCUGUCAGGCGCUUUCGCUCUGCAUGUGCUCCUGAGCGCGAGAUGCAUGCCUUUGCAUGAGGGACGAGGACCCAUGAAGCACAAAGAGCCUCCGGGCUUGUCACAGAUUCCUCACUCCCUCUCUGAAAAGAGGAGAGACAGGGUCCCACAUCCUCAGGACACCUUUAAACCUCAAGCACGGCCAAAAGAUGAGCCACAGUUGAAUGUUCAACUCAGGAACAGCUCCGGGGAUGCAGGUCCUCCACGCUGUGGCGUCCCAGACUACCCCGACCAGAGAGAGGUGCAUCUCAGCAGGCACCCCCGCCAGAAACGCUUUGUGAUUUUUGGAGGACGCUGGCCAAAAACUGACCUCACUUACAAAAUCCAGCGCUUCCCGUGGCAGAUGAGUGAGGAUAAAGUAAGGCGGGUUUUACAGGAAGCUCUCAAGAUUUGGAGUGACGUCACGCCCCUCACCUUUACUGAGGUCGUCAACAAAGAGGCCGACAUUGUCAUUGACUUCGCAAGGUACUGGCAUGGUGAUAAUUUGCCCUUCGAUGGCCCUGGUGGGAUCCUGGCUCAUGCUUUUUUCCCAAGGACACACCGAGAGGGAGACAUUCAUUUUGACUAUGAUGAGUCCUGGACACUGGGCAAUGAACUUGGAACUGAUCUUCUUCAGGUGGCAGCACAUGAGUUCGGUCAUGUCCUGGGUCUACAGCAUUCUCUGGAGCCUGGAGCCAUAAUGUCCCCAUUUUACAGCUUCUCUUAUCCUCUCCAACUCAGUGAGGAUGACAAGAAGGGAAUUCAAUAUCUCUAUGGCUCCCGGCCGCAAGCCCCACUCCAAAUCCCUACAGAAACCAAUGAGAUUAUCACCAGUGAACCUGGCGCUUGUCACACGGACUUCGAUGCUGUGUCUGUAAUCCGUGGGGAAUUGUUCUUCUUCAAGGCCAGCUAUGCCUGGCGCAUCAGGGAGGGCCGUCUGCAGGCGGGAUACCCUGCCCUGGCCUCUCGACACUGGAGGGGCAUUCCAGAGAAAAUAGGCGCCGCCUAUGAAGACAGAAAGGGCAAUAUCUGGUUCUUUGAAGGUUCCAACUACUGGGUGUUUGAUGCAGAACACAAGAUAAAAGGACCGGACCCUCUGCAGACUAUAGGCCUUCCUGUCACGGACAUUCAGGCUGUACUGCGCUUGAAGGAGCACCACAGACACCACACAUACUUCUUCAAAUCGGGAAGCUACUGGCGUAUGGAUUCCCAUGAAAACAGAGUGGACACAGCCUUCCCACGCAGCAUCCAGCAGGACUGGUGGGGCAUCCCUGAUGAGAUUGAUGCUGCCUUCCAGGAUGCAGAUGGCACUGCCGUCUUCAUCAGUCGCCGACAGUACUGGAAGUUUGACCCACUUCAGCAUAAGGUUUUGGAAGGUUACCCACGCUACGUUGGUGCAGACUUCUUUGGAUGUAGCAUGCCAUAAACCCUCAGGAAACUUUUCUGUCUCUUACAACAACUCACACUCUGGUCUAAAGCACACAGUGUAAAUUUCCCUACUUUUUCCACGACGAAGAACUGUACUAUGUAACAUAAGUUCUUGUUCCCCUGGCAUUUCUCUUCCUUUCACCUCAAAAAUGUCUGAUUAAUCUCAUUUCUUCUCAGGAAAUCUUGCACAUCUGAGCUUUACGAACCACGAGCAGCUAUGUCUGUAUUUGUUGUAUUAUCAAGCGACCACUGUGUAAUGAGGUACAAAUACCCUGUUGUUAAGGUGCUAAACAAGGUGCUAAAGCAUUUGUCAGGGAUCUUUGCACCAGUUGCAAUGUCUGUAACUCUCGAAGUUUUUAUGAUUCGCUGCAAGUACUGUAACUGUGCAGUUUGUAUUGAUUAAUAACACAAGAAAACCUUAUUUAGAGAUUAAGUCUCUUUUUCAAAAUGUUUUUUUUUUUUUUUGCAUCGGGGACAGAUGUGUUUAAGAUCACCCUUAACACUCUUGACGCGCGAUCAUUUGUUUAUGAUAUUGAGACUGUAUAAACAUACAAACUGGCACUCUUCAGUGCAGGACACUGACAACGUUUUAAAUCUUUUUUUGUUUUGUUUUGUUUUGAAUAUACUACAAUAGAUUCAGCUUGGCAUAUUUGUUUCUAUAUUUUCUGUAGUGUUUGUAGUUCUUAUGCUAUUUUCUUUGACUUUUCAUAUUUACUAUGUAAAUACUUUUAUAAAAAUGUGUGUUGUAUUUUGGUACAAUUAAAAUAUUCCCUAAA